CGCGCGCAGGGGGAGGAAGAGGAGGCGGAGGAGGUGGAACCAAAAAAAAAAAUCGCUCAUUUACUUAACGUCGCUUCUCGACCGCCGGUAGAGCAAACGAGCUCCCGACGCUGCAGAGGACGAAGACGUGAGCGCGACGAGCGGCCGAGCGCGUCUGCAGACAGCUGCCAGCACCUGGACGCCUCUCCACCCGAAGCGCGCGCGUCUCCUUCUGGUUGCGGGAGCCGCGAGGCACCGGGAGCGCCCGCGGUGUCGGUGCUUUGCCGGGACACUCGAGAGAAGCCGCGGAGCCUCGUCCGGACAUGGAGACACAACCGCUCUGACUCACACUCGGAUUUUUUUUUUUUUGCACAAAUCCCUCUUCCAGAAUAAUGGAGAGUUGACGGCUUGCGAGGAACCUGACAAACUGCCGCGUUACGAGAUAAAGAGGAUAAGGCUCUCUCUACGGAAGCAGGGCUUCUUUUAAUAUAUAUUAUAAAUUCAUUGCACCUAUUGCAGGAUCGGGUGACGGGGCCGAGCGUCAUGGCUGCGUAUGGACAGACACAGUACAGCCCUGCUCUUCAGCCGGCAGGACCGUACGCACCGUACCACACGCAGGGCUACAGCAUGCCCUCCUACAACAUCAAAACAGAAGACGGCCUGAGCCACUCUCCGGGGCAGACGGGAUUGCUGAGCUACUCCAACUUCAGCGGCACGCCUCCGAGCCAGAGCCUGUACGGCUACCCGCACACGCACGGUAGUGGCAUUUCAUCCGGAAUUUUCCAAGGCAGCCAUGGAAUCCCCAGCUCAACCACCUUCAACCCGACACAACAAGAGUUUUCAGCGUACUCCAGCUACAGUCAGAGUCAGUACCCUCCAUAUUAUAACUACAACAGCCCCUACCUAACCAGCAACAACCUGAGCCCCGCCGCCAUCGCAGGCCCGCUAGCCUAUCAACACGCGGAGCAUCCCGUCAUGCUGCCCAAUCACAGCCCAGAGUCGCACGCAGGAGAGUACCACGCGCCCCCCAGCCCCCCCACGCCAGGUAAGGACGAGGGGGUCUCGGCACGACGGGGGUCCGAUGGGAAACUGAGAGGGAGGAAGAGAAUCAGCGACCCCGCCCCACCUCUGGACUCCGAUAUAGAGCGGGUGUUUAUCUGGGACCUGGAUGAAACCAUCAUCAUUUUCCACUCGCUCCUCACGGGAACGUUCUCCUCACGAUUUGGCAAGGACUCUUCCAAGGCCGUGUCUCUCGGCCUGUGGAUGGAGGAGAUGAUCUUCAACCUGGCUGACUCCAGGCUCUUCUUCAACGACCUGGAGGAAUGUGACCAGGUUCAUAUCGAUGACGUGGCCUCGGACGACAACGGACAGGACCUGAGCACGUACAACUUCGGCUCGGACGGGUUCCAGAGCCCAGCGGGAGCCGGUUCUCUGUGCCUGGGGUCAGGAGUCCACGGAGGGGUGGACUGGAUGAGGAAACUGGCCUUCAGAUACCGCAGAGUCAAAGAGAUCUACAACACGUACAAAAACAAUGUCGGGGGUUUGCUGGGCAGCCCCAAGCGAGAGGAGUGGUUACAGCUGAGGAGGGAGAUGGAGGUCCUGACUGACCUGUGGCUGACUCACGCUCUCAAGGCCCUGGCUCUCAUCAACUCCAGGCCUAACUGUGUGAAUGUGUUGGUGACCACUACGCAGCUCAUCCCAGCACUGUCCAAGGUCUUACUGUACGGCCUGGGCUCCGCCUUCCCCAUAGAAAACAUAUACAGUGCCACAAAGACAGGCAAGGAGAGCUGCUUCGAGCGCAUCGCUCAGAGGUUCGGUCGAAGAGCCGUGUACGUGGUGAUAGGAGAUGGAGCCGAGGAGGAGACCGUGGCAAAGAAGAAGAACAUGCCCUUCUGGAGGGUGUCGUGUCGGGCCGAUCUGGAGGCUCUGAGCCAUGCACUGGAGCUGGACUACCUCUAGAGGGCGCCGCUGUCACGUUCUGCUCUGCGCCUGAAUUAUGAGACGCUCUGACUCGCGAGGGCACCUAACGCGCACGUAACGGGUGUAGGUGCUGCUAGGGACUGACUCCGAGUCAGUGUCGCAUUUCUAGUGAGUUCCAGACACAGAAUUUUACAUGAAAGCUGAAGGAUUUGUGAGGAUUUUGAAGCCAGGCCUCUGACACAUACUGUAAACAUGAAGCCAAAUGUGCUGGACCGCAGUAAACAAGGGACCAAAUCUUCAUAAACAACCCCAGGGAACCAUGGUAAUACUGCAUAUAUUCGUAAAAUAUUUUUUCUAGCAUUCAGUCCACUUUUGUACUUGAAACACUGAUCACAAAAUCUCAUGAACGCAGUGAGUUUGUACAAAUCAUUUCUUCUACUGUGUCUUUUUAUAUUUGCUGUGAGCCUUAAUUUGGUUUUCUCUGGCUAAUACAAUUUUCAAAACUGAAACUAAAGGCUGUGCUGUCACAUGGGAUUGGUUUUCUCAUUCUUAGCCAUUCAUGAUUAUUGUUUUAUUUCGAAUAGAUAAAUGUCAGAUGACCUAAUAAUCCUCGUAGUUAGUGGCUAUUAAAAUAGUCUGUAUUUUAUGAUUUAAAUGUGAGCUAUUUAUUACUGGUUCAGGUCCACAACAAGAACUUGGCAUAGAAAAAUUCUCCUUAAAGGCCAAAAAUAACACUUUUGUAAAAAUGUUUUUAUGCUGUAUUAUAGGCUGGUGCUCAGAUCCUUCCUUCUGAUUCUAGGUUGUAUAUGUUUUCAUUCUUCUUUCUGUCCUUGGCAAACGUCCUAAUAACCCAUUUGUAAUAUAGAUGCCUUGGUAUGGUUGUGCAUGUGCUGAUUACACUGCCUGUCAGCUUAGCUAUGAUUUGUAUAUAAUGCUUUAUUGUGUAUUUGUUUUGACAGACAGCUAAAAUAGAUGAAUAAAAAUAAAUUAAUUGCA